GGCGCCCGGCGCGCCCUGCUGCCCUCACGGUGAGCCGGGCCCGGGGCUCAUCUCCCCAGCGUCCCUGUGCUCAGCUCCCGCUGCGCUCCCGGCGCGGGCUGAUCUGCUGCAGGCUUGCGGAGGCCGUGUUCUGGAAGCUCGGCUCUUGCAGCGGAGCAGUGAAACAGGGCUGCAGGUGUUCCCUGUGUUAUCCUAUCCUCGCGUUUGUCCCUAGGUCCUGCACUUCUGUUUGUGAAGACCAGCCAAGGAAAAGAGGAAGGAAGAAGAUUCUAUGCUUGUUCGGCUUGUAGGGAUAGAAAGGAUUGUAACUUUUUCCAGUGGGAAGAUGAGAAGGUACAAGAAUUUUGUUCUGUUGCCAUUAUCAAAGAGGAAGUUUUGCCAGGAAUGCCAGCAAUUGCUUUUGCCAGCAGAAUGGAAAAAACAUUCAGAUCACCAGCUCCUGUGUGAUAUCACCACUGCCCAGCUGAAAAAUCCAAGUCAGCUUCUGUAUCCACUGGAGAAUAAAAAAACAAAUGCACAGUAUUUAUUUACAGACAGAAGUUGCCAGUUCCUACUGAAUCUCCUUAUAGAUUUAGGAUUCAGACGAGUCCUCUCUGUUGGAACACCCAGGCUUCAUGAAAUGAUCCAGUCAAAAGCAUCACAAGAAGAAGAAUUCAAUGUUAGAGGUCUUCUGCUAGAUAUUGAUUUCAGGUAUUCACAGUUUUACACAGAGGAUGAAUUUUGCCAUUACAACAUGUUCAAUCAUCAUUUUUUUGGUGGAGAGGCUGCACGUGAAACUUGCAGGAAAUUCUUGUGUGAAGAGAUUGGUGAAAGAGUCAUUAUGGUAGCUGAUCCCCCAUUUGGAGGUUUAGUGGAAGCACUGGCUUCUAGUUUUAAAAAACUGAUGGCAAUGUGGAGUGAGACAGAAAAAGAAGCUUUUUCAUUACUAGGUCAUGACAACAGAGAGAUGCCCAUGUUCUGGAUAUUUCCAUACUUCUUUGAGUCUCGCAUUCUUGACUUUUUCCCGAGCUUCAGUAUGAUGGAUUACCAGGUAGACUAUGAUAAUCAUGCACUGUAUAAACAUGGCAAGACAGGUCGUAGACAGUCUCCUGUCCGUAUUUUCACAAACCUUACCCCCAGUAUGAUUGUGCUUCCUGAAGAAGAGGGAUAUAGAUUUUGCAGUGUAUGUCAGCGAUAUGUUAGUUCUGGUAACCAGCACUGUGAGAUAUGCAAUUCAUGCACAUCAAAAGAUGGCAGACGAUGGAAACAUUGUGUUCUUUGCAAAAAAUGUGUAAAGCCCUCUUGGUUUCACUGUAACAAUUGCAAGUGCUGCACUCUUCAGCAGCACAGCUGUGAGAAGACUGACAGUGGCUGUUUCGUUUGUGGCAAGGCAGGUCACAAGCGCAGUGCCUGUCCCAGUCUGUCCCGCAGCAGAGCAGCUUGUCAACCUGACAAAAAGAAAGGGCAGAAAACUCGAAAGAGAAUAAAAAUGGGGAUCUGUAAAAGAUUAGCUAUGAAACAUGCCAUAUUCUCCAAGAGGAAAGUAAAGAAUAAGAAAAAAAAGACAUGACUUUUCUUGCUGCUACAUAAUUGCUAAUUUAUUUUUUUAUUGUCAGCCUUUUGUUCCAUUUUCUAAAAAUGUAAGUGUUAACAUCCAGAAUAAAACCUGAUUGACUCAA